CACAAAGCUUUUCUGUUGGCUCAACUCUCUUCUGUUGUGACCCUAUGAUAUACACACACACACGAAGAGAGAGAGAGAGAGAGAGCAACACUGGGCCAGCAAUGGAAGAGAGAUAAAAAGGGACAAAACAAAGAUGGGCAAAACUUUUGACAAUAAAUAACACAACACGAUCAUUCGAAAGAGCUGUGGAUAUACAUAUAUCAGAUCUGAUCAGGUCCUUUCAUUGUCAAUUGCUCAGACGUAAUCGACCUGACACGAAAGGAAUUAGUGGUUCGUAUUGAAUGGAAGGUGUCGGCGACGGUGGUAGUCGGAGGCGACAAUUUCAUGCUGACGAAAGGUCCGACUCGGCGAACCUUCGAGAUUUUCUUCGAGUCAAAGAGGACGACGAUGGCCGAAACUUGGCCGGUUUAACAUUAAGCGCUGUGCUUGGUUGCGAGAAUAGACCGGCUCAGCUUCAGGCGACCCGGUCUCUUCACGAUAUCAUCCGAGACGAUCCGUACGGCGGCAAAGACAGCAAGAAGAGCUGGAAGGCUUUCAAAGAGAAGCUUCGCCUCCGCCGCAACGGUUCCUGCUCCGGCGCCUCCUGGACCUCCACGGUUUCGACACCGGCCUCCGACGUCCCGAUUCAGAACGCCAAUCGUAUGAUUUCUCGGCGAAAUUCGACUCGAUUUGGGGAUCAAACUCAUCAUCAUCAUCAUCAUCAUCAAGAACUGUCAUCGUUGAAUUCAAUCAACGGAGGAGAGAAUCACGUGGAAUUGAAUUCAAUGCCGAGUAACAGAGCCAUGAUGCUUCGCCGGAAUUCGAGUCGGAUUCCGUCACGCACGACCAGCCGGUACGGCGGUUCAACAUCGUUCAACAAUGCCGGUGAAGUUGCGGAGCUACACCGACGAUUGCCAUCUGGCGAAGAAGAAGAGGAGGAGGAAGGUGGAGAGGAGGGGGAGGAGGAGGAGGAGGAGGAGGUGGCGGAGGAGGACGGAGGAGAGCAGCCGGUGAGGAUGUCGUUGAUGGCGCUGUUGGCGGAGACGGACAGAGAAAUGGGAUUGGAUGGAGCGAAUUACAUGAGUGAUGAUGAGGAGGAGGAAGAGGAAGUGAUUGUGGGUGGAGAAUACAACAAUUGCUGUGUGUGUAUGGUGAGGCAUAAGGGUGCAGCGUUCAUACCUUGUGGCCACACUUUUUGCAGGUUGUGUUCUAGGGAGCUUUGGGUUCAGAGGGGUAAUUGCCCUCUCUGCAAUGGCUUCAUCUUGGAAAUUCUUGAUAUCUUCUGAUCCGCCAUGGUCGACCAUCAAGCUCUGAGAUCUUGCAAACUUUUUCGUAUUUGUUUUGGUGUUUUUUAUUUUUAAAAUUUGUUUUGGUAUUUUUUAUUUUUAAAAAUUGUUUUGGUAAAUAAGAAGUUUGUUUGUGUGAUGUGCUUGACAAUCACAAAUCAGGGAUGAUAGAGUGAUUUAUUAUGGUAGGUUGGGUUGGCCUUUGGCCCCCUUUUGUUGUAUAUGUAAGGUUGGUACAUUUGCUGAUAUGCAUUACAAUUUGAAAAUUUAUAGGAUAAAUUACAUUUAUCCUAUUUGGGGUUUGAGUUUAA